AAAAUAAAAUAAAAUAAAAUAAAAUAAAAUAAAAUAAAUGAGAAGAGAAUCCAGCAAGUGAAUUAAAUAACUAAAAAAACCAAAAAGCUAGUAUACCAAGACGCUCUAUGGAUCCAAACCAUGUAAGAGAAUGGAUUUAAAAUUGAAUAAGGCAGGGAAUGGAAAGGGUGAAGUGGAAAAGGAAAUAGAGUGAAAAAUAAAAUAAAUCAAAACAAGAUAAAAAGGUAAAUUCAAAAAAUGAAUAAAUUAAAAAUUGUAAUAAGAGAUAGAGAGAGGAGAAGGAAAAAGGGAAGGAGAAUAAAACAAAAGGAAAAUAAAAAGAAACCAAAAAUGGUACAAAAAGGAAAAGAAAAGUAAAAAAAAAUGGUAAUUAUAGGCAAAGGAUGAGGUCAAGACAUCAUGCCUCAUACAGCAAAUACUAAUAAAUCAUCCAACUCCGCUAGCAUGAGCCAGGGUAUUAAUUCUCGGUCGGAACAAAGUGCUGUGACCAUACAGAGUAGACAGAGUUUGACCCGGACGCAGGUCCAGAAGGCAGAUCCUCCUUUCUGGACUCGUUUGGGUCGGUUCCGGUUUGGUCAUCCUAGAUUGGUUGUCUCUGCUUUGUCUUGAAAGAGUGAUGGAAAUACCGGUUGAUGUCAGAAGAGCCCACGGGGGGGUUGAGGGGAGGGGAGGGGGGGCAAGGGAACAAGUGGAUGCAUGCUACGGAGUAGUGGAAGGGUAACAAGGUGAGCAGCCCUAGUCUUGUACCAGUAAAGUGAGUUUAAAGCGAAGAAAAUAAAAGAAAUAAUAAUAAUAAUAAUGAUAAAGGAAAGAAAGGGUAGGCUGAGCGACUAGUGAGUAAACUGGGCCCCCCAAGUCCAGUCCAGUCCAGUCCACGGGAGAAAC